ACUAAUUAAAUUUUGCAACCCGUGUAAAGCUCAAAUAAUUUCCCAGAGACAUCUACAGGAUUUAUUCUAUAACUUAUUUGUUCAAUUUCCCUUCUAUUGAAAUAGCUACUCUUGGCCUCAAAAUGCUGAUCGUCUUUUCUUUCUGUGAAUUGCUUUUUCUGUGAAUUGACAACUUAACGUUUGUUAAAAAACAAUUGACUGUUGUUCCGUCUGCCAUUUUACUUUUUUGCGGUUUGUUUGUGCUUCGUAAAAAUGUUUUCACAGGGUAAAAAUAAAUGUAAAAGGAAGGCACCUUCGAAAAAAUUCAUACCCAUUGCACAUCAGGAGCGAGAUGUACCUUUAGAUCUAUAUAAAUCUGAGGAUAGGUGCUAUCGUGACAUUAAGAGGUAUCAUUUGGAUAAGGAAGGAAAAGAUCCAGGAACGAACGGGAAGCCCUUUCGGUAUGUACGAUGUUCUGACAGCAGAAACGCUGUCGAUUGUUCGGGCACUGGGAAGAGGUAUGGUACGGGAAAGCCUGAAGAUCCUUUUUACACUGUCUGUUCACGUCCUCACGUGAAAGACUGCAAAAACAAACUGGAAGAGGAGAAAUUUCUGAAGAGGCUUCACCAAGGGUCACUAACCACGGUUAGUGACCAUAGAACAGCUUACGAUGCUGCAAAAAAAAGCGAACCAUUAGGAGCAAGCAGUACAACAUACUGUGAAAAGAAGAGUUCAAUAAGUAGGUGGUCCAAAAGCGAGGCACCACCUAUCCCAAACGACAUAUGUCUUCUUCCAGUCAUAUUAAAUAGUGAAGUUUGGCAGAAGAGAUUGGCUUACUAUUUGGAUGUAGAUGCAGAAGAAGAGAAUAAAAAAACCAGGGUGAAGCACUUGUGGAAGGUGGACGGUGCUACAGAUACCGAUGGACUCCCAGUCACCUUUUUGAUUCCGAGCACAAUUCCCGAAGAGUGCAAAAUCGCCUCAUACGGGUUUUGUGACUCAACAUAUCAAAGUGUUCCUUCCUUAUAUGGAGCAGCACAACUGUUUGUUUUCGGAGUAGAGUCUUACGGACAGGUAUACAUGUUUGUAUGUUUGAAUCUUUGUAUGUAUGAUUUAAAUUUUCAGGAAGAAACCUUCAUGAAACGCGUAUUACGAUCGACAACUAGAAAAAUGCGAGAGAACAGAGAAACGGAAAAUAGUUCGGGAAAUGAAACAGAUUUUGAGGAAACAGACACAGCGAGCGAGACUGCCCCUCUCACACACAGACAAAAUUCCCUCCCGCAAGACAAUAAAUCAAAUGAUUUAGAAGCCACGAUAGAGACACACGAGGCAAUGAUUCGUGCUCUCGUUGAACUCGUGCCUCCCGAAAAAUAG